UUUCACUAGUGACGAUAUUCCUGUGGGUUUGGCUUUGAUUACUGUAAUAUUUAAACUGCAGCGAUGACCAACCCUUUCUGAUUAAGGUGGAUACCUUGAUAUCAAUCAGAGUCUCUGACCAGACACCAUGGACGAGGAUUUUCCAUCAGACGCAGUGGGCAGACGUGUGACUUGUGACGGGGAACGGGGCACGGUUAGGUUUUUUGGUACUGUACCCCCAACUACAGGUGUAUGGCUUGGUGUGGAGUGGGACAACCCUGACCGAGGCAAACACGAUGGUAGCCAUGAAGGUGUCCGCUACUUUACAUGCAGGCAACCAAAGGGUGGCUCCUUUGUACGUCCCAGGAAGGCCAGCUUCGGAGUGGACUACUUGACAGCUGUUAAGAGGCGUUACGAGAUUGAGGUCCAACAGGUCUUGGAGGAGGAGUACCAGAUCUCCACAAAGAAGGUAGAGAUGGUUGGCUUUGAAGAUGUCUCAAAGAAACAGAGGGUGGAAAAGCUCACGGAGGUUGCCCUGAGGAUGUGCGAUGUUUCCAGCCCGGGCCCUGCAAACGAAAUACGAAAAACAACUCCCCACGUGCUGAUGCUGGACCUCUGUGCAAAUUUGCUCUGCAGCUGGGAUGAUGUGGCAGCCAUUACAGAGCAGAUGGAGAAUCUCAAAGAACUUUUACUAAGCUACAACAGGCUGCGCGUGCCCUCUGAUCCAUUGGCACGACUUCGUUCCUUCCCCUGCCUCAGGGUGCUCUCCCUCACCAGCUGUGCCCUAACAUGGCCUCAGCUACUUGAGUGCGCCCCCAUGUGGCCGCAGUUGGAAGAGCUCUAUGCAUCUAUGAAUGACAUCACUGAACUGCAGAAGCCAAAUCAUGUUUUGCAGUCCCUGAAAGUUUUGGAUCUGUCCAGUAACCCUUUGGUCGAUAGAGCUGUACUGAACCUCGCAGACCUUCCACGAUUGGAGAACCUAAACAUAUCUAAGACGGGUUUGUCAACCUUGUGCUUUGAUGAUGCACUGCCAGGUUGCAAAACUGAAAUGUUUCCUGCCCUGAAGAUUCUUGCACUCCAUAGCAACAACAUUUCAGAGUGGCGGGUGAUAAACGAGCUGGAAAAGUUGCAGAACCUGGUCCAGUUGUCAUGUCGGCAGAACCCCCUGCUGAGUCGGGAGAGGAACCCAAACACUGCGACGCAGCAGCUCAUCGCCAGGGUGGCCCAGCUGGAGGUCAUCGACAGGUGCACGGUCUUGCCCGAGGACCGAAAAGGUGCAGAGCUGGACUACCGGAAGAUGUUUGGGCUAGAGUGGCUGGCGUCCGGGGGGCACCAAGACCCCCUGCAGAACCGCCCCAGUGCCGAAUUCACCGCACAGCACCCCCGUUAUCAGAGACUAGUACAGAAAUACGGUGCUCCAGAAGAUGGUGAACUAAAGAAGCAGGAACCAUUUGCACUGAAAAAUCAGCUUAUAAGCAUAACAUUUGUUUGUCCGGAUGAGACAGACCAAAAACCAGUGGUUAAGAAACUCCCAGAUUCCAUGAUUGUUCAGAAAGUGAAGGGGCUACUCUACAGGCUGCUGAAGAUACGUGGUGCAGAGUUGAAACUCACCUACACAAGUUCAAAGAUGGAGGGCAAAGAGAUUGAGAUUGACAACGACCUGAAACCACUGCAGUUUUACUCCAUUGAAGACGGUGACAAGGUCCUUGUCCGGUGGGUGUGAUUCACAAUGGCCAGCAUCGGUAGUUGAGGCAACGUUCGGAAAACUGUAUAUGGAAAAUGUAUAAAAGCUAAAGCUGUGAUGAAAACACUCCCUAUUUAGGCAUAAAUUCACCAAUCAACAUUUUGAAGAAACAGGCUUGUUCUUAUAGGGCAUGAAAUGGACGAUAACUCUCUACAAUAGAUGGGAACUUCUGAACUUGUUCAAUGAGAUUAAUUUAUUGUUUAAAAGGGAAAACUAGGAGAAGUUUAGGCCCAGAAUGACUAGACUUUUCCAUCCAUGAGGCAUAGUGCCUUUUAUUGCUUGGCCUUCAGUGAAUUAGCAAUGGUUGGGGUCAGUUCCAGCUACAUUUAAAGUUUAGUCAAUUCACAAAGUAUACAAAUAUUCUAAUUCUCUUCAAUCCUUCCCAAUUAUGAAACAUUUCAAGUUGGAGAUCGAUAUACUUUUUGAAUGAAGUGGAAUGUCACUGUAAUAUACCCAAACCCUGGAAUUGGUAGCCGAUGUGGUAUCAGGAGGUGAACUUAAGAUGCUCUAGCAAAAAUUGCUCACAAUAUGCAUUGUCCCAGCAUAGAAGUGAUGAAGUCUGAUGUAAGACCAGGAGGAAUAAGCAGAUGUAAGCGUCUUUUUUUCACCUAAAAAUAAGGCUAAGAACUGUACUUGUAUUUAGUUUGACUUCACCAUGAUCAGACUGGUUUAAUGAAGCUACAUUUUUGGCAAGGUCAUCUGACUUAGUAAUUAAAUUAUACACUUGAAACAAUUUUGUUGGUUUGAAAACACCUUGGAAUAGAAAACACUGCAGUAUGUUGGCUUUCUGUCUCUGUUCCAGACCGUACAUCCCAAGCCUGCUUAAACUACUCCGAUCAAUAUAAAUAGGACUGUCUUUUCCUUAAGUUAUCUAUGUUGAGUUUGGUUGUAGCUUGCCCAAUGUUCUGGGUAGCACUAUCUUGGCUCAUUGUUGAAAAUAUUUAUUUGAUCCAAAUCUGUUUAUUCCAUUAGCUUGUACAACAAUGUUGUUUUUAAUUACAUUACUUUGUACUAAAUAAAGGUGCAUAAUUGUUGUCA